AUCCACUCGUGCUGGUGGCGCUGGUAUCAACUUGGCAGCAGCGAACAAAGUCAUCAUCUUUGACUCUGGCUUCAACCCUCAGGAUGACAUUCAAGCGGAGAAUCGUGCUCAUCGUGUCGGCCAGACUCGCGAGGUUGAAGUCGUUCGCCUCGUGACUAAGGGCACCAUCGAAGAGCAAAUCCACGCGCUUGGAGCGUCCAAGCUUGCUCUGGACGAGCGUGUUGCUGGUGAAGGCGCCACUGCCGCGGAAUCUUCGCAAGUCGAGAAGCAAGGCGAGAAAAUGGUCGAAGACAUGUUGGCCGAGCAGUUGGUCAAGAAAGAAGUCGCCAAAAAGGAGGAGGGGGAACCUGCGGAGGAGCCUGCUGAGGACCUCAAAGACGCUUUCGCGAAAGGCCUUGCGGGCGAAGGGGUGGAUGUCAAGUCGAAACAGGCACAGUUCUAGGGAAGCAAGUCAGUGGCAGGAACAUUGUCCGCCGUACAACAAUGUGCGAGAAGGCGAAGCGUGAGCUGCAACAUCGACAUGAUUGAACGAUAAUGUUGGAUUGCAUGAAUGAAUGCAUAUUGGUCGCGAGACAGUGUCUCUCGACAUGUAUUUUGGAUUCGCAUGGCCUGUACGAGUGCUGAGGCGAGGAAAGCCUUUCGAAUCGCUCGCCGAAAUAGACGUGGUCGAGCUCUUGGAAGGAAACGUCGUGCAUGUAGAAAUGUACAUCAGGAAGAGAAGAGCGUUGACUCUUCGAAAUGCCGUAAUGAGCACGCUCGUCAAAAGUUCCAUGCGUCCAUUGCUAGCAUCUGAUAAUAUGCGAAGGAUUUCGGAGCUCGGCCAAGGCCAAGCUGGCAAGCUUGCCCGCGCUCAAACAUCCCACCUCUCGCGAACACAUCAUCCAGAUAGGGCAGGCGGCAGCGGCAGCGGCAGCGGCAGCGGCAACAGCGAACACGGCAUUGGUAUGUUUUCUAUUCUCAAUUGA